AAGGUAUCCAAGAGCCCGAAGAGGUACACCUAAAAAUCCCUGCAGCACCGUAUGCGUGCCCAAAAACUGAACUGCACGUCCGUCCCACCGUUCGACUACAGUAGCAUCACCCCCUCCCUGUCCCACUCUAUACCAAAACGGAAGAUUGCCGACUACAGCAUACUGCUGUCUGAAGUGCUGUCUGUACAAAAACACCAUGGUAGGCAUGGAACAANAUCGACAAUAGCUAAGAAUCGUUCCACAUUGAAGGGGUCUUCCACGAUCAGGCACAAAACCAAUGCACCCGGGUCAGCCACGCCAUCUCUGACGGGACUCUCUACAAAACCGGUGACGACGUUGUGGUGCCGACGGAGCACUCGAGCAUUCCCGAGCGGAGCGUGGAUUCCGGACGACCCGGUCGGUACGGGUCCGGCGCGGGAGUUGUCUGUGCCUCCCGUGUCGGGGAGCGCUGCCGCACCGGCCCGCGAGGAAACCGGCGACUCGGUGUCUCUCGCCAGGGAAGUCGCUACCAUCAUGGCACAGGGGUCCGGCUCCACGUUCGACCAAGCCAUGGCGAUGGCGCUCGCGACGAAAAAGUGCAAGGACUGCACGCCGUCCAGCGGAUCGGAGGACGGCGAGUACCGCCGCGGAGGAAGCAUUACCGGGGUGGGGACUCCAGUGACGGGUGGCCUGCGUCGGACUCUGCCGGCGAGCACCGUGGUGGUGGUCGCGGACAGUGCUAUGGCCAUGGCGGCGGACGUUACUGCUCGGGCAAAGAGCGGACUGUUCACCAGCAUUCCGGUGGGAGCGGGGACUCGGAUGGGCAUGGCCGCGGGUUUGGCGGCCGCGCACGUGGCUCUCGAGGACGUGGAGGCCGUGGUGGCGGACGGGGCAGGUGUCCCUUGA